UUUGCUUCUUUGUUCCACCAAAGGUUACAAGUCGACCAACUCAGUCCUGGAGACCCUGCCGCUCGGCGCGGCGCCCAGGUGCCCGCCUCUGCCUGGCUCCGCCCAGCGCGGGAAGGUGAGGCCACGGGGGGCGGGGCCGCGCUUUGCGGCCCGGGGUGGGGGUCGGUCCCGGGCUGGGUAACUACACCAACCCCGCGGGCUAGUCCCACACCUGCCUCCAUCCACGCACGGGUCCGCUACCUCUGUGCCUGCCAAUGCUGCUGCUGCUGCUGUUGUUGCUGCUGCUGCCGCUGGGACCCGAGCCGGGAUGCACAGCGGCCUCCAGGUCACAUGUGCAACGGCGUGGGAUUCUGGAUCUGGCAGGGACCGUGAACUGCGUCGGCACCCGAAACCCAAUGGCCUAUGUCGACUACGGCUGCUUCUGUGGCCUGGGUGGCCACGGCCAGCCCCGCGAUGCCAUUGACUGGUGCUGCCAUCGCCAUGACUGCUGUUACAGCCGCGCCGAGGAGGCUGGCUGCAGCCCCAAGUUGGAGCAAUACCCCUGGCAGUGUGUCAAUAAGCAGGUCCAGUGUGGACCAGCAGAGAACAUAUGCCAGGAACUGGUGUGCAAGUGCGACCAGGAGAUUGCCAACUGUCUUGCCCAAAAUGAGUACAACUUAAAGUACCUCUUCUACCCUCAGUUUUUAUGUGAGGCGGACUCGCCCAAGUGUGACUGA